CCGGGAAGUGCUCUGGGUUUGGGUGUUGCCAGAUUGGUAUUCCGGCGGUCGGGAUGAGGGACCUCCAGGUCGAUGCAUAUAAUUUUGGAUUCGACGAAAAUGUGUGGAAAUUCAACAACUGCAGCUAUUCUUUUGUGGCGAAAAAUGGUGGGUAUAAUUUCAGUGUGGAUGAUAUUACAAAUGUGAGGUUCAAUUCGACGCCUUUGAUGAUAAAUUGGGCCGCCGGGAAUGAGAACCAGACAUGUGAAAGUGCUACUAAAGAAGAUGGAUAUGUUUGCGGAUCAAACACGGUGUGUGUCCAGACGGAAUUCAUGUCUGGGUACAAUUGUAAAUGCAUAGACGGGUAUGGCGGGAAUCCGUACCUUCCUAUUGGUUGCGAGAACAUAGAUGAAUGCACUAAAGAAUCAACUAAUUAUCCUUGCGUUGAAGAAGCAAAAUGUAAAGACAGUCCUGGUAACUACACUUGUACGUGUCCAAAUGAAUACGAAGGAGAUGGCAAGAAACAAGGAACGGGUUGUAAGCGCAAAUCUAAUGACAAUAAUACCUUGCUAAUAAUUGGUUUGAGUUUGAGUAUUGGUGUCACAGCUUUGCUUAUAGUAAGCUUCUACAUAUAUUGGGGGUCGAGGAAAAGGAGACUUUCUAGACUAAGAGAGCAAUUUUUUCAUCAAAACGGUGGCAUAUUGUUACAACAACAAAUAGCAGGAAAUAGGGGACCAACUGAUACAAGAAUGAAAAUCUUCACAUUGGAAGAUCUUAAGAAAGCCACCAACAAUUUUGAUGAAAAGGCGAUCCUAGGUCAAGGAGGAUAUGGAACAGUUUACAAAGGAAUAUUAGAGGAUAAAGGAGUGGUAGCCAUAAAAAAAUCCAAGAUUUGUGACAAAAGUCAAGUUGAACAGUUCAUCAAUGAGGUCGUCAUUCUCUCCCAAAUUAACCAUAGAAAUGUCGUCAAGCUCUUCGGUUGUUGUUUAGAGACAGAAGUUCCGUUACUAGUCUAUGAGUUCAUAACUAAUGGCACUCUUUACGAUCAUCUCCAUAAACAAGAUCAAUCAUCUAAUCUUUCAUGGGCGACCCGUUUAAGAGUGGCAUCAGAAUCUGCAGGAGCCCUCUCAUAUUUACACUCCGCUGCUUCUCCCCCAAUCAUUCACAGAGAUGUAAAGACAGCCAAUAUACUACUAGAUCAAAGGCUUACCGCAAAAGUAGCUGAUUUUGGAGCUUCACGGCUUGUCCCUCUCGAUCGAACCCAAAUCACAACUUUGGUGCAAGGAACAUUUGGAUAUCUUGACCCAGAGUAUUUUCACACGGGUCAAUUGACAGAUAAAAGUGACGUUUAUAGUUUUGGGGUGGUUCUCGCAGAGCUAUUAACUGGACAAAGAGCAAUUUCAUUCGCUAGGGCAGAGGAAGACAGGAAUCUAUCGGCUUAUUUUGUUUCAUCUCUGAACAAUGGACGACUAUCCGAAAUUAUGGAUAAUCGAAUAGUUAACGAAGUGAACUUUGAGAAAUUUAUGGAAGUUGCGAAGAUUGCGAGAAAGUGUUUAAAGGUGAAGAGAGAGGAUAGACCAACUAUGAAAGAAGUGGCGAUGGAGAUAGAGGGAUUGAGAAUUCUUGAGAGGCACCCAUGGGGGGAAAGUGAAAUGUCUUCGGAAGAGACGGAGCAUCUUCUGAAAUCGACGGGUGUUCCUUCUCAUGCAGUUGAUAUUGGAGAUUCACUAACCAGUACUAGUAAAAUAAUUGAUGUAGAAAGCAUGGAACUGAUUUCAAUGGGAUUGAGUGGUGGUAGAUGAUAGCAAUUUGUUGUUGGUGGGAGAUGUAACUAAUGUUCUAUUUGUUCUUUUGUGUGUGUAUGGUUUUAAGUACACUAAGUAAACAUUGAACAUAUAUUAUGUUUUCCUAUUAUAUACAUGUAACCAUAUUUUCAUCUGAAUAUCAACUAAGUACUAUAUUUGGUGCCAAGUAUACUAUGGUCUCAUGGCAUUA